UUGGCUGCAGAUUAGUGGUGCUUUCUGAGCCGUCUGUCCUGCGCCAAGGUGAGUACGGGGACCUGGACCUGGCUCCCGAGGUGCGAGACGGCGGGGGCGGGAGGGCGAGAAGCCGCCUUGGCCCCAGCUGACCUUGGGGUCCCACCCCUCCGCCGGCACGCGCCUGCUUUUCUGCCCGGCUUUCCCUUCUCUGAAGGGAGGUAGGCCAGGGUCGGUUGCCGGAGGGAAGCAUCGCCUAGGCUUGCGCCGCGUUUCCCUCCUUGGCCUUAACGUGCUCAGUGCACCUGAAUUCUCCCACGGUUUUGACAGGGAGCGUACCUUGGCCUUGAGAGGUUCAGCUGCCUAACCCAGAGGCUACGCAGAGUUAGAGAAGCCAGAGUCCAAGCCAAGAACUCUGACUCCACAUCCAGUCCCUUCUCUCCUUUAUAACUCAAGUUUCCUUGCACCACACUUGCCCUCCACGUUAUGCUGUACAGGACAACUUGGGUGAGGCAACAGGGAAGCUGAAAAGAGAUCAUACGGUGGUGAAUGAAAUUGUAUGGAACUCGCGGGUCAGACAUUUCCCAUUUCCAGUGUCAGAUGCUUCAAAGUAUUAUUAAAAACAUAUGGAUCCCCAUGAAGCCCUACUACACCCAAGUUUACCAGGAGAUUUGGAUAGGAAUGGGGCUGAUGGGCUUCAUCAUUUAUAAAAUCCGGGCUGCUGAUAAAAGAAGUAAGGCUUUGAAAGCUUCAGCGCCUGCUCCUGGUCAUCACUAACCAGAUUUACUUGGAGUACGUGUGAAAGAAAACGUCAGUCUGCCUGUAAAUUUCAGCAAGCCGUGUUAGAUGGGGAGCGUGGAACGUCACUGUACACUUGUAUAAGUACCGUUUACUUCAAGGCAUGAAUAAAUGGAUCUGUGAGAUGCA